AUGAUGAUGGGAGAUCAAUGCAGUAGCAAAUUUACUAAUGACUUCAACACAAAUCCAUUUAACAGGGAAGCUAGUUAUUCAUAAGAAUUAAUCAGCAAACUCUUCCCAGAUGAGUAGUCUUCCUAAGACUUAGACAAAGAAGGAGGAGCUCGUUUCAAUUCAGAUAAUCAAGGGAAGAGAAGCGUUAAAAUGCUAGGUGACUCUUUUUUGAAUGGGGGAAAUGACUAAAGCAACUUGAUGAUCCUUGAUGAUUAUGUUGAGAUGAAUACAAUUUAGCCUAAAAAUCAAGAAUAUGAUAAAAUCUUUCAAUCAAAGUCCUAGAAUCUAAUCAUGGCAAACUCAAAUUCUUAGAUAUCAUCUCAAAACAGUUCUUCGCAAGAGUAGCAGAACAAAAAUAUGCUCACUUCCUAGGAUAUUUCAAGAAUUUUAGAUACUACUUUUAAUUAAACAACAACUAUUAAUUUGCCACCUUCUCAAUAAAACGUGAAAGCAACUGGACCUAAAAGCCCCAUUUUUAAGAAUCAAUAAUAGAAAGGUGGACUUAAGGGUGGAUUUUUUAACAAAAUGCAGAAUUUUAUGUUUGACUUGAAGGCGGUCAAUGAGUGCAAUAAUGUGCUUGAGGAGAGCUUAAAUGAUAUAUAGUCUUCUAAUUCAAGAGAUGUAGUAAACUUUAAAUCAUAAAAAUAGCAAGAUGAAUUGGAUUCCUUAUUCAUUAACGCUCGUAAAAAGCUUAACCUAGAAACAGCAUUGAUGGAAGAGUAGUCAGUAGUAUCUGACUCAGUCGACAUCAAAUCUGUCCAAAGUGACUCAGAAUAGGUAACUCUAGUGCAAAGAACACCAUUUUCAGAUCAAAACCAAAAAUGUAGAGAUUUCACAAAUAAAACCAGUAUUGACGAUAUUCUAAAUUCGGCAUUUUCCUAGUUUUAAGAAAAGAUGAAACUUCAGUUUUAGGAAAUCAUUAAAAAAGAUUAGAUUUUUGUAAUUUUUCCUACAGCUUAAUUUUACUUUUAGGGUGAUCUUAUAGAUGAGCUCAAGAUUGAUCUUGUUACUAAAUUGAAUGAGUCAGUAAGAAAUGGAAGCAUUGAUAGAAAGAAUCCAUGGAGAUUAAACUUAUAAGAUGAUCAGAAUUUCCUGAGAUCUGAAAGAAAUAGCAAUAAUAUCUAAACAGCUAAUCCAAGUUAUGACAUGAAAAGUGAAAAUUCCUCUAACUAUAUCAAAUCUGUUGCUGCUUUUUCAGCUCAACCAAACACCUUGGUAUGUUCAAACUGUAAACGUAGGAUUAGCAAUAAUAACUUUGUGAUUCCUUCCAAGGGUAAACUAAACAUUAACCCAUUCUAACAUUAUGGCUUCAAAACUAGUCAAAAAUCAACAAGUUUGGAAAUAAUGAAUCAAAACUUUAAGAGAGUAAUGAGCGGCCCUAAUUUCAAUCCAGACAUCAUUAUGAAUAAUCUUAUCAAUCAAGUGACAUAGAACUAGAUUGAUAUCAUAGCAUAAAAACAUAAAUCAACGAGUAUCAAUUAGAUUAACUUUGAAGGACUAAUCGAUGAAAUGAGGUAUGUUAACUAAGAUAUUGAAAAUGAAAACAUCAUGAUACCCAGAAAAAGAAGCAUUUCUUUCAAUAAAGACUAGAAAUCAAGAAAUUAAUCUCUUACUGAAGAUGAGGUUUAAAUGGACUUGAAGGAUAGUUGUUCGAAGUAGUCAAUUGCCACAUUAUUAUUGACUUGA